AUGGGUGAUAGAGGGAGAGGGAUUCCAAGUCGAUGUAGAUGUGGAGAGGAUGUGGUUUUGAGGACAUCAAAAACUGUGAAAAAUCCAAGGAGACUCUUUUAUGCUUGUCGAUGUGGAGAGGAGAAUGGUAGUGGUCACUUGUUUAGGUUGACAGAUGAAGUAAUGGUGGAAGAGAUGGAAGACAUACUUCCAAAGAUUGAUGAACUUGAAGGGGCUUCAUUGACCUUACAAAAAGGGUUACAAGCUUUAGAAUUUGAGAUGGAAACUCUGGCAAUGGAGACUCGUACAUGUGAAGCUGUGGUUUGCGGCUAUGAGAAGGAGCUGCUAGGUUUAGAGAAGGAGAUUCAAGGUUGCAAGAUUGAAUUGCGUGGGUUGAAGAAGAUUCUUGUGUGUAAAGUGUUGAUGACUCUUGUCUAUGUGUUUGUGUUGUAG